UGCCCAUCAAAAGCAGAAAGCCAUCUCGCAGUCGCAGACCCCUAACUCACACCGACCUCCGGGAUUAGACAGUUCGGUGCGCCUGUUAAAAACGAAGCAAAGCUUUCACUACGUUUAAUUCUUUCAUUUUAAACCAUAAAGAUGAACCAGAUUGUCAUAGCUUGCCUUGUCUUCCUAGCUGGAGUUGCUCUGGUACACCCAGAAAAGCCAACAGCACCUGCGAUGACCACACCUGCUUCGGGCAACAUGACUACUCAACUUGCUCUGGCACACUCAGAAAAUGCAACGACUGCAGUGCCCACAGAUCCUUUGGAGAACAAGACUCUACCCGUAGCCAAUAUGACAACGGCUGCCGGCACUGUUGCACCAACAACAGGAAAGUCAGCCGCAACGACCACUACUUGUGAAGCUUCUGCCACCCCAAUGGCCCUCUUUGUUCUGGCUUGUGCUCUCCUUGGAUUGGAGUAACUAUUAGUGUAAUGUUGAGAUGUAAUAAUCCUGUAUAAACCAACUUACAGGCCUACAUAGCUUAUAUAUUAUACAGAUAGCUUGUUUCUUGCCAUUAUCGUGAGUGUACAAAUUUUUAGAACGAUGAGUGUACAAUUUUUUAGAAUGUGGAAGUUUUUAGAAGGUUGGGUUGUACAAAACCACCCCUUGUAACUCUAGUAAGUGACAGUUAAGCAGACUACUGGCGAUUCGGACUUCAACAAAUAGCACAUCACGAAAUCCCAGUGGCCCCAAUUCUAUCAAACAUCGAAAGUCGUCUUAUGCCUAUAACUUGAGCACGAAAGCGAAGACCCAGAAAGAUCGGAGUUUGUUUGCAGCAGUCUUUUUUCUCUCGUUUUAUUUUACGUUGAUAUUUUACGUUGAAGCUUGAAGUUAAAUAUCCGUCAAACCGGCUAGAAAUACGUACAAAAAGGUAGCAAGACGACUGUAGACAAAAACCGAUCCGCGAACGCGCGUUUAAAAUCCACAGGACCCCCGUUUUUUAAACCGGUCCAUGUCCGCGAAGGCUGAUUAUCUUGUGUGCAAGGGAAGUAGGAGCAAAUUUGCACAAAAAUGGAAAAAAAAAUACAACUAGAAGUUGAAGUGCUCGAGCUGAAUGAUUGGCUUUCCAAAAAUAAUAUUACUUGGUCUACUUUUUUAAAAGCAAGGGUAAAAUCUCUAUACUUAUAGAUUUGCCUGGGGCAGUUGACACUCGGGGCAGAUGUCUUGGCUGAACACUAACCCUUUAUUUUAUGAUUUCUCUGUUUGUUUUAUAAGUUUCUAAAGGAACAAAAAUAAAUCUCUUCUAUUAUC